AUGUUAUGCAAUUAUACAUGUAUUCCCUUUUGGCUCAAGAUACUGGCUCACCACCACUAACUAGAUAUAGAAAUCUUCAAUUCUAACACAUCCUGCAUUGCUCAUGACAGAUGAGAUAACAGCUGCUACUAUCUGAAUCCUCCCACUUUUAGCCACGGUAGAAAGGGUAUUGAACAACAGAUCUGAAAAACAGAGCAUCUAACAGGGGCUAAGUGAAAGUUGAUUACACCCAAAUGUUUUUAGUGCUCAUCCAGACUCUACCAAUACCGACAUGAGGCUUCACCUGGCAUUUAUCUUGGUGUCUCUCCAUAUGUUCUGUCUGCACGGACUUUCUCCUGAACAAGCAGUGGACUACAGUCUUAGUUGUCUGACUGACUACCUGUACACCAUAAACUGCCUACUCAGUGUGAGAUCGAAAGAGGCCCACACGUUUAACCACACACACUGGCUGACGUUUCAUCAAAUUCAGGAUGUGUAUAACUGUAGCCUGGCAUGGAACUACAGCAAUUACUCCUGUUCAUUUGACACAUUAAUUCAAAACCCUCAAGACGAUUACAUUUCAACCUUCACGGACAUGGAUGUCUUUCAAAUCACGCUCUACAUCAACAGAGAUGGGGACAUCAGCUCUAGGCUGCUGGAUGAUAAUUUCAAGCCUGUGGAACACAUAAAGCCUAAAACACCUUGCAACCUCACAGUCCACCGGAGCUACGAUAAAUACCACUUCACAUGGAAGAGCACCUAUGAAGAUUACCCAUAUUUCUAUCUAACUGACGACCUCAAAUUUGAGCUAAGCUAUCAAAGUAUGAAUCACCAAGUAGAGGUUGUCACACUCUCCUCAACCAUCAUGAACAUCACGGUUAACGACUACAAUUUUGAAGCAGAAACUGUGUACAGAGUUAGAGUGAGGUCUAGCCCCAAUCAGAUAUCCUACAAAGGGCAAUGGAGUGAAUGGGGCUCAGAAGUAAACUGGAAAACCCCCAGCAAACAUGUGCCUCCCUGGAACACCGUCAAGUCCUUGUUGGACGCUAACAUUAUAAUCCCGCUUUGUGUCCUGGGUCCAAUGUUGCUAUUCCUGUGCUACAUCCCUGUUGUGAAGAUGAGGCGAAAUACUUUCAUCCCAACUCCAGAACCAUUUUUCAAAUCGCUUUACAGCGAAUGUAAGGGGGAUUUCAAGAGCUGGGUCGUGACACCCAGCAGUGAAGAGGACUUCAAGACGGAGGAAACCUUAAAGAUCGACACCCUAACCGACACCAUCCUGGACAAGAUCACACUCUGCCCGUCCCAGGGCCGAGACCCUUCCUGUGACAGCCCCAUCACGUCAGUCUCAGAGGCGGCUCUCCUGGGCGGCCCUCCAGCCGUGAACCCCAGGCCCCCUCCUCCUUCCUCCAGCAACCUGGUGAGGAGCGCAUCACUCAUCUCUGACAUGGCGUGUGUCCUGGAGAUAGACUCUGGAUGCUGGCGCUGCAGUGCUGUGUCCCUGGAGCGGGAAGUCCACCUGUACACCAACGAGUACUGCAUCCUGUCUGACACUCUCGGGACAGCCAGGAAGGCAGGCGAGGUGGUGGGGGCCGAGGACCAGCGAUCAGAGCUUCACUUUAACGAGACGUCAGAUGGAGUCUACCAGUUUGACUGAUUUGUCAGAAAUUAGCUGAACAGUGACCAACUGCGGAAUUUUAGGAGCUUUGAAACCCCCCCCCCCCC